CUCAUCCCCAGUCUUACUCUGAAUCUUAGGCGCAUGUCAGCGGUCUAUCGCCUAGCCUAACAAAGAAAAAAUGGCGUCGAAAAAAUCAAAAAAUAACUGGGGUUUGAGCACUUGGACUGUUGACCCCGAAAAGCCGGUGAAAGUUGACAAAUGGGACGGAAAUGCUGUGAAGAACGCACUCGACGACGCCGCUAAAAAGGUUUUAACAGAAAGAUUUGGCUACCAAGAAGACCACAAAUUGACUGAUAUUAGACUUGGCAUAUGCACCAUCUCUUGCUUGUUUGCACUCGGGGCACUUGCCUACGACUACCUCUACCCAUUUCCUGCUUCUAAGCCUGCGCUUAUUUUCUGUGUUCUAUCAUAUUUUACUAUGAUGACAAUUCUUACCAUGUUCACCACAUUCAAGGAGAAGAAUUACAUUAUGUUUGCAAUUGAAAAAGAUGACGCUGGGGUGGGUCCUGAUCACAUGUGGACUCUGAGAUCAUCUCUAAAGCGCUAUGACCCCAACUACAUGCUGACCAUGAGCUACAAAGAUGGGGAAACCAAUAGGGAAAGAGAGCAGUCUCUUGAAAAGUCUGUUGCCUCGUGGUUCGACGAGAAUGGAGUCCUAAUCUUUGAGCUCUUUGAGAAAGAUGUAAAAGAGCUUCACCAGAGCUUGUGUGCAGAAAAGAAAGACAAGUAAAGCGGACAGAUACUCGAAAAAUAAAUAAAAUAAAAAUACAUGAAAACAGCGCUUUAUUGGAAGAUUACUCAGCACUUUAUGGCCGGUUCACACUGUGACAUAAGAAUAACUUAUAAAGAAUAAUUGUGUGUGAAUGCGACAUAAGGGGAAGUCGAUGACAAUCACCCGCUGGCGCCUUGCGACGGAUCUUAUGUUUUUGUGAUUUGCCUGUUCAUACAUAGAAGUUCUCAAAAUGGGCGGUGGAUUUCUUUUGCCUGUUUCUGCUUAUAUGUUUACUGAUGUCAUCAUGAUUCAUGAUGUCAUCAUGAUUCAUAAUUGACAUUUUCGAGCCAACAAAGUAAAAGAAAUUCUCAAGCUCUUUGAUGGCUAUUCUCUAUAGAAGUGAUGUUUGUACAUGUACAUCUCCAGCCUAAUAAAGAAAUAUCUCUAGAAAA